AUGCCUCACCCCACGCUACCGUGGAUCCGCGAGGCGCGUUUUGGCAUCACGUUGGGCGAGCGGGCAAAAGCCAUGGGCCGCAUGGCGGCGGCCUCGCCGCUGCUCGGCCCGGCGGACGUGGUGCACUGGGGCCGCCACUACGGCGAAAAGUCCGCCCGGUUCACGCACAACGCGUUCGAGCCCGCGGCUAACGGCCUGCGGUCGAAAGAAGAGGACGGCUACGUGGGCUAUUUCCACCACGUCAAUGGCGUGGACUACGUGGGCGGUGCGGCCGCGGCGCUCGAGUACCUUGCCGGCGCCGUGGGGCUUGUGCGCAGCGAAAACGGCUAUCUGUGGCGCGCUGGCGUCGACGUGGGCUCGCUCGGCACGUACCACGACAAGCCCAUGGUGGUGACGCUCUGCGCGUACAACACGUUUGCGCGCGCCGAGCUCCGCGUGCGGCUCGAGGUGGCCGUGCCCCGCUCGCGCCGCUCGCCGGUGCCCGUGGACGCGCUGUACACCAUCUACUCGCACGUGCUGAAGAAGCUGCGUGUGUACACGGGCGCCAGCGUGCACGAGGUGGGCGCGGCGUUCUGGACGGAGCUCGCGGCGCUGGCGCUCACGCGGCUCGUUUUGGCCACGGACGACGCCAGCCGCCGGCUCUGCGGCACGGUCAACUUGCCCGGGCUCGCCAGCACGCCGGAGCGGCUCGCGGGCGCCGUGCUGCUGCUCGUGGCGCUCUUGCCCAAGGGGCACCUUGCCGGCGCGCGGCCGCGGUUCGGCCCGCCCAGCACGUGCGGCGCGGACUUGGUCAGCACGGCGCGGUUCCGCAACCACGUGGUGGACGCGUUGGUGCGGCUCGUGGCGCUCGACAGCAGUGGCCGGACGGCGGCCCGCGCGCUCGACGAGCUGGUGCGGUUGCACGGGCGGCAGUUCGACGUGGUGGCGUGCCAGCUCCUCAAGGCGGACGCCAGCAGGAACAACGACCUGCGGUUCUUGCGCAUGGUGCACGAGCACGUGGCCACGCACGGCCGUCAGCUGUGCCAGGCCGCGUUGAUGCUCGUGGAGCAGGCGCGGUUUCUCCUCGCGAGACACGCGCACGCGCUUGCCAUCCCCGUGGCCGCGGACGCCGUGGCGCUCUUGCCCUUGGACUUCGACGCGUGGCACACGUUGGCGCUCUGCUACGUGAUGGCUGGCCAGCACGGCCGCGCGUUGGAGACCAUCAACGCGUUCCCCGUGGCGUUCCCGCCGCUGGCCCCGGCGCAGCCGGCCGCCGUGGAUGGCGUCCUCGACAGCUUUGCCACCACGUACAUGGAGCGCGCGCAGCACAACCAGGGCGUGGACUUGCGCACGUUUGAGGCGUUUUUCCCGGCGCCCGAAGCAUACGACCGCGCGGGCGAGCCCGUGGCGUCCAUGGCCACGAUAUGGCACGAGCAGUUCCAGCAUCAGCGCCACAGGCGCCACCCGGUGUGCGGGCCGUUCCACCAGUCGCCGCUCUUGUUGGCCACCAACUUGGAGCUAGCGGCGGUGGACUCGCGCCUCAUGCGGCUUGCGGGGCCGGGCGCCACCAAGCUUUCUCUUGCGGCGCACUCCGCGGGCGAGCCCUGGGCGUCUGUGUUGGACUUCGACUCCAAGUCCACGUGGGGCCGCACGUACGACUUGGUCACGUUGCUCGUUGCCUUGGUGGGCUGGGACCAGUUGGUCCACAUCAAAAACGCCACGUUCCGGGCCUCGGCAACCGCGGGCGAGGACGACUUUGUCGUGGAUCACCUGAAGCUAGGCGCGCUGUACGCCCGCCAGUGGCUCCAGCUGUUGUUUCUAGUCGUCUACGAGGAUCUCAAGGUCAUGGUGCAGAUGUCCAGCCUGGACCAGGACCGCAGCGCCCUCUCGUGGGCCCUGAUUGGCUUCAUUGGCUGGGCUUGCAAGUUCAACUUGAAGGACACGCUCUCGGCAUUCCACACCAGCAUGUCUGGUCUGUCCGCCGAGGCGGGCUUUGACUACUAUGGCACGGUGAAGAUGCUCGAGAUCUACAAUGAGUUUGUGCUCAGCGACGUGUGCGCGUCCACCAUCGACCCUCUCUCUAGCAUCUACGACGGGCGCCAAUACACGAACAAGCUAAUCGUCCAGAACGCCUCGCCUGAAAUACAGCGGGGGUUCGUGAAGCAGCUCCAGGCAGGAAUCUUCUCUUUGGACAACGUGCUACUCAGCUUGUCGAAGCUCGUGAGCUGGAACGUCAGAUGGUACAACUAUAUGCCCAGCUCGUUGGUUACGGAGACAUUGAUAAAACUAUGUGCGGAGUACGACGCGCUCGUGGUGCGGUCGCGGCUCCAGAUCUUGAUGAAGUCGCUCACCAAGAAAGAUAGCAAGCCAUCGGCGACAUAUACGCUCCGAGCCAUGUUUGCGGCACCCCCGGACGACCCCAGAACGCCCCACGAGUUUGUCGAGGGCGACACGAUCAUGGUAUACAUGGCGCAGCUCCUCUCAUGGAUUGAGCUGCUUGCCGAAACAAAAUAA